GGCUUAUGGGUAAGCUUCUCAGGGCCCAUAAUCACUAUCCAGGUCAGCAUGAAAUAGUUGUAGUAAGCCCUAGCAUAACAACUUAUAUACCGCCUCCUCACUGCCGUCGAGCUCUUCCCAACGAGAGCUGCAACCAUGUCGAAGCGAGGAAGAGGAGGAACCUCUGGAAACAAGUUCAGGAUGUCACUGGGUCUUCCAGUGGCAGCCACCGUGAACUGUGCUGACAACACCGGAGCCAAGAAUCUCUACAUCAUCUCCGUCAAAGGUAUCAAGGGUCGUCUCAACCGUCUCCCAUCCGCCUGUGUUGGUGACAUGGUCAUGGCUACCGUGAAGAAAGGUAAACCUGAUCUACGUAAGAAGGUGCUGCCAGCUGUCAUUGUUAGGCAGAGGAAGCCAUGGCGCCGAAAGGACGGUGUCUUCAUGUACUUCGAGGAUAAUGCUGGUGUCAUUGUCAAUCCCAAGGGUGAAAUGAAAGGAUCUGCUAUCACUGGACCAAUCGGGAAGGAGUGUGCCGACCUGUGGCCAAGGAUCGCUAGUGCUGCUAACGCCAUCGUUUAAGUUCUAUCUCUCUUUUGUGUUGCUUGAACGUUUUAUCAAACCUCUGUUGAGGAUGUUUUGUUUUUGUCUUAGACUUGUGUUAUGCCUUAAUCGUGAUUCUAGUAAUUAUGGUUUUGUUCAACAUUUAAUUUUGCCUGUGAGAUUUUAAUUUCUGUGUCAAAAUCAAACAA